CCAUAAGAAUUUCAUGAGUAAUGGUUGAUAUGGCUGCCACUGCAUCAUCUGUUAUGAACUCAUCCCGACGGAUUGGGGUAGACGUGCAUGGGAUGAUGAAGAAAAACUAUGUUUCUUCUUGGGGUUUGCAAAUUAAGGCUCCUACAAAAGUAAAUGUUACCAAAGUUGGUGGUAUAAAUUGGAGCAUGCUCUUUCCUACAGUUAAAACUAUUCCCAUGAAACCAAUGAUGAUGCUCGGCAAGGAGAAAAAGUAUCCAAAGUUGGUUCCGGAUCUUGGUUUAGGGAGUGUCGUUAAUGAUGACCGCAUAUUUGGGCAAAAAUUUUGUAUUAGAUCAUAUGAAGUUGGGCCAGAUGGAACAGCUUCCGUAGAAACACUAAUGAAUCUUUUCCAGGCGUGUUAAACGGAUUCUUGUAGCUAUAUGCCUUUUCGUUUGUCUAUGUGUUGGUAUAUACAUCUCUUAUUUACAAUCUCAAGUUGGAUUCACAGGAAACAAACACUAACCAUUUGAAGGCAUUUGGAUUCCUCGCUGAUGAUUUUGGUUCUGUGGAUAUGUCUGAGAAGAACCUAACCUGGGUGACGAUAAAGAUGCAAAUGAUAUUGGACCGUUAUCCAACAUGGGGUGAUAUUGUUCAAAUUAAUACUUGGAAAAGUGCGUACGGAAACAAUGGUGUUUCUUCCAAUUUUACAUUUUGUGAUUGCAAAACUGAAGAGAUAUUGGGAAGAGCUUCAAGCAUUUCGGUGAUGAUGAACAAAAAGACAAGAAAGUUAUCUAAAUUUCCAAAUGAAAUACGGGCUAAACAACAGAAAUACUAUGUGGAUACACCGGCUAUUAUGGAACAAGACAUUACAACGUGGUCAAAAGGAAAUGAGAUAAUUAAGGACCACAUUUGCAAAGGUUUAAUGCCACGAUGGAGCGACUUGGAUAUUAACCAACAUGUGAACCAUGCGAAAUACAUCAGAUGGAUUCUUGAGAGUGUUCCAAGGACCAUUUCGGAGAAUUACGAGAUUGAGAGCAUGACUCUAGAAUACUAUCGAGAAUGUACUGCGGACACUGUUCUGCAAUCUGUCACUUCAAUAUUGGCCAAUCACAAAGGAAAAAUAGUUAUGGAUGACAUUCAUUGCCAGCAUUUGCUUGAAUUCGAGAUUGGUGGGGAGAUCCUGAAAGGAAGGACUAGAUGGCGGCCAAAACGCAAGAAUGGCGAUGCUGGAGUAUUGAUUAAAUAGUUCCCUAACGAAAGUGACUCAAACCAAAUAGGGUGAUAGCCGAGUAGCAUUACAAAGUCUCCUCCGCCUACCUAAAUGUGCUUAGGUUCAUGAUCUUACCUAAAUGAUUGUAACUUUGAAACUCACGUAAUGCAUUUGCUUAUCUUCUUUAAUUCUUGCAAUUGUAAAGCAUAUUGGCCGUUAGGGAUAAAAAUUCCUUCUUAGAUCUUGCCAUCACAAGUAAUGACAGACGUAUGAAUAUGUAGCAGUAAUGACGCCAA